UUCUGAAUAAUUUUAAUGUAUUGAGAAGAAAAACGAACCGACAUGAAUAUUGAUACAUGCAAUUUAUUAAUACCCGAAAGGCAAAGAGGCCGUAACAUUUUCACGUUACGCUAGCAGGCAGCGACAUAUUUGACAACAUUUCAGAACACCGCGAUUGCCGUGAACGCAGCACGGAUUACACUACAAAUCUCGCGAGAAUCCACAGAACUAUCUGUGCAGGAGAUCAAAUCCUAUUAAUACCUGAACCCGAGAACCACCAGUGUCCUUCUACAGCUAUGGAAAACUGUGUUCUGCAAAGCCAGAAUAAACAUUUACCAACAAAGAAUUCUCCUGAAAGAAGGGAUUGGAAGAGGAUGAAACUGGAGGAUGAUGAUGGCAUACAAGAGAAAGAUGACACUGAAGGAGGAGAGUUCUCCCAUCCCAUUCCCUGGCAAAAAAUAGAAGCAGAGGGACUCGACUGUGACUAUGCGCUGAUCUUCUCUAAAAAGGAAGCAGAUGAGCUAUUUGAGCAUUUGGAGGAGGAGGUGGUGUACUCCACAGGAGAAGAAGCAAAGGUCCAAGUGUAUGGAAAGGUCUACAACAUUCCAAGAAAGCAGGCGACGUAUGGAGACACGGAUUUGACGUACAAGUAUUCUGGAGUGACCCGUUCAGCCUGCCCGUGGACUCCCACUCUGGAAAACAUUCGAGACGCCGUCACAAAAGCAACCGGGCACACAUUCAACUUUGUUUUAAUAAACAGGUACAAAGACGGGCUGGACCACAUGGGCGAGCACCGUGACGACGAGAAGGAGCUGGACCCCGCUUGUCCCAUCGCUUCAGUCUCUUUAGGAGCAGCGCGGGAUUUCAUCUUCAGACACAGAGAUGCUCGGGGGAGAAACUGCAGUCGGCAGAUUGAACCCGUGAAGCUGGAACUGGCCCACGGAAGCCUUCUCCUCAUGAACCCGCCCACCAACACCUUCUGGUACCACAGCCUCCCUGUGCGGAAAAAAAUCCUGCAGCCACGCAUUAACCUCACCUUCAGACGCAUCUUGAAGAGCAAGAAAUGAAAGUAAAAUAUCAAUAUCUACAGAGAUAUUUUCAUUUAAACAAAAAGACUACUGGUUAACUCAAUUUUUUUGUGUUACCAACUCAGAUUUUUAAAACAUCAACCAUCAUUUUUGAUGCAAGACAUUCUUUAAACGUUUCUUAUUUUUCUUAUCAAUUUCAAACACUGUUAAAAGAAAAACAUCUAAGUGAAUGCCCAGAUUUUGUUGGUUAGAUAUGAAAACUUUAAAUAAUCUUCAUUAUUGAAAAAAAAAAGGUUCUCCUAAGGUGAUAGUUUUAAAUAAGGUUGGAAAAUGUUGCAAAUGUGUUACCUUUUAUAAAAAA